AUGCAGAGAGCCUGUGUCUGGAUGGUCAGAGUUUCUCUUCUUCUGCUGUUGCUUUGGUCAGACCCCCUGCGCUGCCAACACACCACACACCACAGGACAGAGGUUCCUCAAAGUGCAGAGACCCAACAGGAGUUUAGAGUAGAGCAUGGAGAGAUGCAGGGCUCCUGGGGUGCCUGGGGGCCCUGGUCAGCAUGCUCUCAGAUGUGUGGAAGAGGGGUUCAAGAGCAGAAGAGACCCUGCCUUCCUGUUUACACUCCAUCAAGGAGAGCUGGUGCUUCCCCGCAGCAGCCUGGCUAUGUCAUUUCAGCCCUGCGACCCACAGUCCCCCUGCACCACCAGCAAGGCAGAUCCUCUAACACCAGUAGUCAUGGAGAGGUGAGGGAGCGGAUGCAGACCCGGCCUGGUGGACACAGGAGGGUGUCUGACAUUGUCCCAGGGAGGUACGGCUAUGGGAGAGCUCCUCAUGUUCCUCCACUGCAGACAGAUUCAGGGCAGAGCUCAGCUUCUCCCCGCCUCCACAGACAGAGACGCUCUGCUGCACCUGAGGGCAACUACCAAACCUCUAGAAGCCACGGUGGGCAGAGGUCAAACAACCUGGACCCCUACAACAACCUCCAUCCCUACAGCAGACCCCACCAGCAAACAAGGCCCCGCCAGCCAAAUAAUAACCAAGUCUGGGCCCCUCUGUAUCAACCUGGAUCAGUCAACCAGGUUCAGAUUCAGCAGGAGCUUCACCCAGGCAGCCAGACGCCUGGACCUCAACAGUCUGGGGAGAGGCCCUAUGACCCACUGCCUGCUUCCUUCUGCACAGGAGAGCAUGUUCACUACAGGAUCUGCACCAACAAUGCCUGCCCUCCAUCCAGCAGAAACAUCCGAGCCAUUCAGUGUUCAUCAUACAACAACCAGCCUUUCAUGGGCAGACUGUAUGAUUGGGAACCAUUCAACGAAGUUCCUGGGGAUCAACAUUGUGAGCUGAACUGCCGGGCCAUAGGGUUCAGGUUCUACGUAAAACAGUCAGACAAGGUGAUCGACGGGGCACCAUGUGGGAAGAAUGACUCGUCCCUCUGUGUGGCAGGAAAGUGUGUGAGUCUUGGCUGCGAUGAGUAUCUCGGAUCAGGAAAGGUGGUGGACAAGUGCGGCGUGUGUGGAGGCGACAACUCAACCUGCAGGCUUGUCUCUGGACUGUUUAAACACAGUUUAUCCAAGAUCGGCUAUCACAAGAUUGUGGAGAUCCCAGAAGGAGCCACCAAGAUCAAUGUCACAGAAAUGGUGAAGAGCAGGAACUACUUAGCUCUCCGCAGCAGAUCAGGACGAUCCAUCAUCAAUGGAAACUGGGCGAUUGACCGACCAGGGAUGUACGAGGGAGGGGGAACCAUGUUCACCUACCGGCGACCAAAUGAAAUCCGCAUUACAGCCGGGGAGUCCUUUCUAGCAGAAGGGCCCACCAAUGAGAUUCUGGAUGUAUUCAUGAUUUUCCAGCAGCCAAAUCCUGGAGUUCACUAUGAAUACAUUCUUCCCUCUGAGAUGCCAGCUAGCCCUCCUCAGCCAAACCACAGACAUGGAGGGAAUGCUGUAAAUGGACAAGGUGGAUACGACCAUCACUCCAACACUCACCAGGAAAACUUGACUCCUUCAGGUGGGGGGAGGGUACCUCCUCAUCUCCCUGACAACCAGGUUCCUGUAGUACAGCCACCCAGACGUGUGAGAGAAUACAACUGGAAAAUGGUUGGAACUACAGAGUGCAGCGCCUCCUGUGGGAAAGGGUUCAGAUAUGCCAUCUUUCACUGUGUCUCCCGGGUAAACCACGUCCAGGUGUCAGAUGCUUUGUGUGACAGCAGCAGCAAACCAACGCCACAAGAAGAGGCCUGUAACCUGCAGCCGUGCCCCGCCUUCUGGGAUAUUGGAGAGUGGUCCGAGUGCAGUAAAACCUGCGGCCUGGGGAUGCAGCACCGGCAGGUCCUCUGUCGCCAGAUCUAUGCCAACCGCACCCUCAAUGUCCACACAAGUCGCUGCCGACACUUAGAACGGCCUGAAAUCACCAGCACAUGCCACUUAAAGAUCUGCAGUGAGUGGCAGAUUCGCUCCGAUUGGACCGCUUGUUCGGUGCCAUGUGGGCUGGGUCAGAGAUCACGGGAGGUUCGCUGUGUCAGCAACGUGGGCGACUUUGUUCCUGAUGAUGAGUGCAACAUGAAUCUACGGCCCAACGAUGUAGAGAACUGUGACAUGGGAGCCUGUGCCAAGAGCUGGUUCUACACUGAAUGGGGCGACAGGUGCUCAGCUGAAUGUGGGAUGGGAGUACGAACCCGGGGGGUUCUCUGCCUGACCAACCACAUCAGCAGCCUUCCUCUGGAGGGGUGUGGGAGCGAACGUCCUGCAGACUCUCAGGUCUGCAACAACGGCCCCUGUGAGAACCACAUUGAGUGGUUCACGGGCCCCUGGAGCCAGUGCUCUGCAGAGUGUGGCACAGGCAGCCAGCAGAGGUCAGUAGUGUGCCUGAUGAAAUCAGGAGGAUUCACCAUCAUGCCACCGUUCGAGUGUUCCUCCUUGAAGCGGCCCCUCAGCCAGCAGAGCUGCAACCUGAAGGCGUGUGGAGCCAAGUGGUACCACACAGACUGGAGCUCUGUGAAUGAGAACUGCAGGGACAAAUACUUCAAUUGCAACGUGGUGGUCCAGGCUCGCCUCUGUGUGUACGAUUACUACAAGACGACGUGCUGUGCCUCAUGUUCACGGGUGGCCCACAGACAGUCGAUUAAGCGAAUCUGCAGUUAGCCCCCUCUAUCCAAAGCCCCACAUGGGGGCAGACUCAAAACCCACAGCGGGUACUCCUCUCUUAGGCCAGCCAGGAGGAGUGGAUCAACAGGACCUUGGCAUAAAUGGGGACUUCCUUUGAUUGCCAAGGACUGAAAAAGAAGAAGGAACAAUUCUGUUGAUUCAUUUGGAGACAGCUAAAGGUAGCUAAAGGGAAAAAGGACUAUCUAAGAGUAGAUGAGGCAAUGAAUCCUCUCACUGCAUAAACUCAGCGCUGGCUUGGUGAAAGAUUUAAAGCAUACCAUCCAGUAAACAAAAUAAUGGACUGUUACCAGUACUUUUUAAGUUAAGGAUCCACCUUAUUUUCAGGAACAACAGUUUGCAGCCACCUACUGCUGUUGAGGGAUCUUGUGUAUUUGAUGAGAUAAAGAAAAACAACUGAAAACUCUUUUUUAGGUGGACCUUGUUUGUGGAGGUUUAUGAUCUGUUUUUUUUACAUUAUAACGCUCAGAUUUAUGGCGAGAUUUCAUCCGGUGUCACUUAUAAUAAUCAAUUAUUUAACAUCCACUGUGUUGAUCAAAGAUAUAUCAUUUUGUCACUGGAGACAGUGGGUUAUUAGGAUUCAGUAUCUCAAGGAAAAAAGUUGUGCGGUAGAAGUGGGACAAAAUACUGACAGGGCAAUAUUUUUUCAUCCUGACUCUUGCAGUGGUAUUAUUAACUCAUUAGUGGCUAAUAUAAUUAACUUCAUUUAAGAAAAAAUCAGGUGGAUAUCAAAAAAUUUGCAUAACAUGUAAAAGUUGAUUUUUCUUAUUUCAAGACCUUUUUUUUGUUUUAAUAGUGAUUACGGCUUACAGCUUAUGAAAAAAAAAACACUAACUCCUGAUAUUGAUAUUGUGGAAAAGUCAAAUUUUCAAAGGUUUUCUGAGCCUCACUCUCUCUGGUUCGGUUCACACAACCACAAUCAUGAGGAAGACUGCUGACUUGACAAAUGUCAAGAGGACAAUCACUGCCACCCUUCACAAGGAGGGUAAGCCACAGAGCGUCAUUGCUGAAAGGGCAGGCUGUUCUCAGAGGCUGUAUCAAAGCAGAUUCAUGGAAAGUUGACUGGAAGAGAAAAGUGUGGUAAAAAAGGUGCACAAUCAACAGGGAUCAGCUCACCCCAGGAUUGUCAUGCAAAGUAGAUUCAUGAACUUAUGGGGGAUUCACAAGGAGUAGACUGAGGCUGGAGUAAGUGGAUCAAGAUCCACCAUAGACGGGUCCAAGAAAGGGACUACAAGUGUUGUGCUGUUAGUGUCAAGCCAAUCCUGAACCACAGAUGUCGUAAGCUUCUGACACAGGGUAUGGUCAAAAAGACAUGGACUGUUUCUCAGUGGUCCAAUGUCCUUUUAUCAAAUUGAAGUAAAUUUUGAAAUUAGUUUUGAAAUCAAGGUCCCAGAGUAUGGAGGAAGAUCAGAGAGGCACAGAAUCCUUCAGUGCUUGAAGUCCAGUGUUUUCAGCAUCCACAGUCAGUUAUGUUUUUUGGUGCUAUGUCAUCUGCUGUUGUUGUUCCGCCAGUCUUUGUCAAGUCCAGAGUCAAUGCUGUCAGCUGUCUACCAGGAAACUUUAGAGCACUUCAUGCUUCCAACUGCUGAAAAUCUUUUUGGAGAUACUGAGUUGCUUUUCCAGCAGGACUUGGCGCCUGCCCACAGUGAAGCCAAAAUUAGUUCUAUUAACCAUGGUAUUACUGUGUUUUAUUGGCCAGCCAACUGGUCUGACCUGAACCUGAAAAGAGCUCCAACCAAUUACUGAGUGCAUGAAUGAACAUUAUUUUCCACAAGGUCAACAUUUCUGUAAUAUAAAUCCUUUUUUGGACUUAUAUUUUGUUAUAUUCUAAUACUUUGAGAUAGUGCAUAUUUUAUUUUUAUGAGCUUUAAGCGUCAAGAUCAUCAAGAUUAAAACAAAAAAAAAGGUCAUGAAAUAUUUUGUUUUGUAUGAGAUGAACCUAGAAUAUAAUGAAGUUUCACUUCUUGAAUUAAGUCAGAGGAAAAAAAUGAACUUUUUCAUGAUAUUCCAAUGUUUUGAGAUGCAUCUAUAUCAGGGGUCUCAAACUCAUUUAGGGUAGGGGGCCAGAUUUGCUCCAUGAGAUGUCCUGUGGGCCGGACAAUUUUUUAGCAAUAUCAUUACGACCAACGACUGAUAUAUAGGCUGCUGUAAUGUUUAUAAAGAGAAAUGAUAGAAUAUUAGAUGCAGGUAUCAUUUACUGAGUGCUGCAUGUCUGCACACAAAAGGGUUAAUUAGCUACUUUAGAAAGAGAAUUUACCUGCAGGUAAUCUACACAGGUCAGGCAAAAAUAUGCUGUGCUUUUAACAUAUGACAAUUUUUACAGAUUUUAAUGUUUUUACAAUCCACUGAUGAUGAAUUUACAAGACUGAAAUAUUCAUUAGGAAUAUACAUUCAGCAUGACUGUUUAUGGCUUUAAAACAGCAACCUGUUCCCAAAACCUGAUCUGAGCCCUAUUUCACCUGACCUGGGAUCAGUGCACAGAGUCCAGAGAGGAGAAUGAGAGAGAGAAAGGAGGAAGGGGUAGAGAGAGAGAAAGGAGGGAGGGAGAGAGAGAGAGAGAGAGAGAGAGGAUCCUGCAGACAUUCAUUGCACUGCUGUUCUAUUACUGUUUAAAGAGCUGCAAACCCUCCCCUGCUGAGUGAAAACUUGACUUUAAACAUAUGUAUGAGCCCUAUAGUCAUUCUUCUGCACAAGUGAUGAACUGGGGCAUCUCCGUGCGUAUUUUGGAUGCAUUUUAGCGCUGCAUCAAGACCAAACGUGCCAACCUCUCGUAAUAGCACAGCCUGUGUCCAGAUUAGGAUAAAAUGUUCAAUUAUAAAGUAUUGUUUUUAUCAUUAUGAGAGGAAUUUUUACAAUUUGAUAUGAUCUGUGGUUAACUACGCCACAGGAUUUAUAAACAAUGUCCUGUUUAACCUUAAGUGAUCAAGACCACAAUUUCACUUCUUGUUGACAUAAAAUUAAGUUGUAUGUAAAUAAAAUUAGUUGAUAUUAGUUUGGCAUUAGAGAUUUUUAAUAAUGAGGGAUUAAAUCAGUCGGGAGAUUGAACUGAGUUGCUCACCGAAAUGAGAUUUGAUGUCCAACGAUGUCUGUCUGUCACAUUGGUUACAUGCCAGUCAGAGCAACAAAACAUGGCAUAGUAGGCAUGCAUCGCCCAAAGAAAUAAACUACAGAACAUGAGCUCAACAUGCAGCCAUUCUCAUUGUUAACUAUCAGUGGAGCCAGUUGGAGAAUCAAACUCAUGCUUAGGCUGGUCAGGAGGAAAGCACAACUAUCUUUUCCAGCAAGAAAAGCUUCAUUGCAGUUCUUAACUCCUCUUUUGAGAAAAAAAUGUUGCCCAGUUCUGUUAAAACUGCCUCUAUAGCUACAUCCAGGCUUAUGUGUUCACUAUGCCAUGGUUUAAAACUGCAGUAAGUGAUUUAUUUUUAGUGCUGUAUGCCCACAAAAACAAUACAACCUGUCAGGGUCUUGUUAUUAAAGACAUCUAACAGAAUAUCACACUUCUGCACCUUCCUCGCACUGCACUCUCACUUGAGGAAAACCAGAGAGCCAAUGAGGAGACUAGCCCUAGCAGCCAAUCACGGCUCAGGUCAGAGGGAGUGUUUCUGUUGGCCUCUGUAGUAGGUGCGCUUCCGCCUCAGAUCAGUAAGAAGUUGGUACAAUGGCGGAGUUACCGGUGGUGUUCGGUCCUAUAUGGAAUUUGUUCAUGCUGAGAUGAAGUGUUUUCUUGCCUGUAGCACGGCCAUUGAUUUCAGUGGAAAAACAUAGCAAAAUCACUCUUGAGAGCUUUGCCACCAUCAGUAUUCGAUUCAGUGGAAAUGCACAUCCGCUAGGAGGUAUGUGAGAAGAGGGAUAGAGCUACGGAGCAGAACAGGAAGCGGGGGUAGAGUUGAUUCUACACGGUUCUCAUUGUUACACACUCGAGCUUUAAAGGCUUUUAGUACAACAAAACCAUGCUCGUAGCUACCGCCUUGUUGUCCUCAAAUGACACUGAUUGAUCUAGUUUUUCUGAGACUGAGAACUAGAAGUUCAGCUUGAAGCUUUGCGCAAUGGAUCCAUCUAAUGACAGUCAUGGGAUUUGGCCAGUUCAUCUGUUUUGCAAGGUUACUUAAAAUAUGAAGCAUAAUAAGAGGUGAAGCAGACCUAAAAUUGCAGUGAAUUAAUAUAUUAUCCUGCUUUUUACAAUUACAGGUGUAAUUGGUAUUGUUAAUUCAAUCAGAUGUCCUGAUGUAAGACUGAUUGAAUAUCUUCCAAUGUAUCAAUCACUGCAGAGUCACUUUAUCAUGGUACUAUACUUACUGAGGUCCCUGCAUUGGUUGUCAUUUUUUAUCUUGAGUAACUCUGCAAGCCCACCCCUACUGUGCAUCAAAGCCUUAAUGUUGCUUAAGGUAGUUUAUUAAUACAUCAUAGAACAACAAGCAGAAUCUUUGAAUAUCAAUGUUUGAUGCCUUGAAUGAUGUUUUUCUGAUUAUCUUAACAGUAUAAAACCACAUUUUUUCUAUCAUGCAUAACUAUGAGGUUUAAAUGCAGCCUUUGUAAUAUGUAUGUAUAUAUGUAUGUGUGACAGAGUGAAUGAUAAAGAUCUUUUUAAGGGUUCUCAGACAGUCUCUCCAGUAGCUGAAGAGAAAAAAAGCCCUCUUCAUUUAUUUAUGUGGCUCCCCAUGGAGGACGUUGGUUUAUCGGCCACCAGUGGCCCCUGUCUGUCUGGCUGUGGGGAUAAAAACUCCUCGCCUUGUCUCCACCAAUCACAGCCUCUGAACUGACUGUAGGCAUUCCACAGCGUGCUGGAUGGUAGAAGCAGAUGGUGAAAACACUAACAGAUUUGAGAGAAAUGAAACAAACAUGUAUGUAUAAUUCCUGUGGGAGAUGAUCAUUCCACAGUGGUACAAUAUUUGGAUGAACCCCCAAUCACAAAUACAAUGAAUUAUUACCUCCGCCAAGGAGGUUAUGUGAUCGGGAGGGUUUGUUUGUUUGUUAGUUUGUUUGUUAGCAACACAACUCAAAAAGUUGGGGGCAGAUUUUGAUGAAAUUUUAAAGAA